ACACUGAGUAUGCGCGAAGAGCGAGCAGCUCGCCCUCUCAGUGGCCAGCCGCUGUGCCUCUUCUCCGCUCUUGGUCUAGGCCGGGGCACGGUUGCCUUGGUAACCGGAAAGCCCGUCUCUCCUUGGGAAGCGGCUCCUCUCCUCUCCUGCCCCCUCCCCCCUCCCUCGCUCCCUCCCUUUCCCUCCCUUCCCCUCCCCCGGCACCCGGCGCGCUGCAGCUCGCUCGAAACUAACAUGGCCGAGCCCCCCGGCCGGCGGCAGAGGCUCCAGUGGCUCCGGCUUCUGCUCCAGCUCUGGGCUCUGGCCGGGGGUGGGGGCCCCUCACUGAAAUAAACCCGAAAAAAAAUUACAGAUCCUCAACCAGUCACCCCGACCGAAAUCCAGCAAGUUUAAAGAGGGGUGGGGAAGAGAACGCCCCCAACCCUGCUGUAGCAUGUGGAAACUGAGCAAGAGCAAAGUGCUUCUGGAUGAUUCUCCCGAGGAAGAGGAGAGCCGAGGAGAGGGCAAAGCGCUGCCGCCGCCUCCGGCCGCCGCGGCCGCCGCCUCCUCCUCCCAGAACAAGGACCAGUUACUUCAAGAUGAAAUUACCUCCUCAGUGUCUCAACUUGCCACGAAGGUUCAGGGAGCCAGUUUCCGAGGUUGGAAAGAAGUGACCUCAAUGUUUAAUAAAGAUGAUGAACAGCAACUACUAGAAAAAUGCAAAUCUCCAAAGUUUAAAGGAACUAACUUAAGAAUAAAAGAAGAUGUGAAGACUGAAAAGAAAUCUGGAUUUUGGGACAGUUUGGUGUUAAAACAGAAUAUGCAAUCUAAGAAACCAGAUGAGAUCGAGGGAUGGGAGCCACCCCAGAUUACUCUUGAAGAUCCAGCUACUGAUGUAGGUGACUCUUCUAGGGACCAUCUCUCCUGGCCAGGUUGGGAAGAUGAGACUAAAGGUUCCACUAAAUACACCAACUUGACUAGCUCAGGAAACAGUUCCAGGUGGAGUAUCAAGUCAGCCGGAAAAUUGGUCAGCAUUAGACGGCAAAGCAAAGGUAAUCUUACUGAUAACUGGGAAGAAUUAGAAUAGUAAUGGCAAUUUGAAAUACUUUAUAAAUGGAAAUGUUUCUUGAUGUCUAUGUAUAAUCAAACCAAAAUUUGCUCAAUAUUGCACCUGUAUGCUUAGUUUUGUUCAGAUUCUUAUAAAUAUUUAUUCUGUUACUUUUAAUUAGUAUAUCAACAGAUGAUUCAUCUGUUUUCUUCAUUUAAAAAGAAAACCUCUUUUGUGCCUAUUUUUCAUAUUUCAAUUUUUCCAGUAUUUCAGAUUGUUGAGAUAACCAAAAAUACUGUAUUUCCUUUGUGAAUGUAUAGACUGGUUUUGAAUUUGACUGCCUUAUCCAGAAACUUGUAGGCCCUUGGGAUCCCAAGACUUCUGAAGCUACAGAUUGUUAAUUUUGGAUGACUUCCAUUAAAAAAGCCAGUGUUGAUUUGUAAUUUGCCACAGAACUCUUCAUGCCAUAGUUAUAAUUCCUACGUUUUUUGUCUGAGAAUCUUCUUUCCUUGUUUUUUUUUAAUUAGUCAUUCUGCUUCUGUUUGUAUGUUGUAUGAAAUAUGAGACUAUAGCAGUUGUACAAUUUUCUUCCAUUGCUAGAAAUUUGCAGAGAGUCAAUAAGUCUUCCAAAAGUUAGUCUAAAAGUUACUUAAUUUAGCAGAAAAUCAAAAUUUGCAUAAAAAACUUGGUUAAACAAUUACGUAGGAAAGUAAAGGGUUAUAAUUGAGUGCAAAAUGUCAAAUAAAAAAAUUAUAUUCAUUCGAUGCCUGUGGAGAAAUAGCUUCUUAUUUGCACAUGAAUAGCAACAAUUUUGGUUUUGUUUUGGUUUUAUUUUUCCUUAGUUCUCCUUCUUGACUUUUAAAUAUUGAUCUUAUUUUUAAAUUAUUUAUUUUUUAAAAGUCACUGUGCUUUUAUGUUGUCAGGGUAACUAAGGAAUGAUGUAAUGUGUGCUAACUACAUGUCUUAGUACUCUUUCGUUUUAGUUUGGGAAUUAAAUUGUUAUACUUCUGUUUAUUAUAGAUUUCAAAUGAUAUAAAACUGAAAGUGCCUCUUUUUCUAUUAUAACCACAGAUUUGGGUUUAAUUUUAAAAAUUAUAUUCUUAAUGUAAUGGGUGUUAGUUACAUCUUGUAAAAAAAAUGCCUAUUUUUAGCAGAAAAAUAAUUUAUGGCUGAUCCAUUGUUAUCAACUACGAAGUUAUUUCCUGAAGUAAAAAAUGUUUAAAUCUCUAAACUUCUAUUGUUGUCUUUAACUGUGCUCAUGUCGGAUGUCUAUGACAAUAUGCCACUUCACCAGGGAUGCUUAGAUAGCUCUUUUAUCUGAAUCACCAACAUGUUUGAGGAGAAAAAAAGUCAUAACUUUUAUUGGUAAAGAAUAGUUUUUUCUUGGGGUUUUUUCAGGAGGAGGUAUAUGCUUCAGAACAUGCAAUUUACCAACAUUAUGCUGUCUCCAUCCCCUGAAAACCGUAUAAGGCAAUUGUACUUCUGCGCAGCUCAGUUUAAAUGGACUUUCCAAUUAAUAUCUCUAUGGAAAAUCUGAACAUGCCUAAUCGUAAAACUACUAAGUAUAUGAAGAAUUCUAAAAAUACAAUGUUUUAGGAAAAAAGAUUUUCUUUGGCAAGAAUAGUCAGAAGGAUGCUGUAUUUUAAAAAUAUACGUGAAAUAAUUUUAAUUAGGUUUUUUCCUUCAUAAUAUAAUAGAAAGCUUUGUUAAUACUAUGCUACUUAGCCUUGUUGAAGAAGAAAAAUAAUUUGCCUCAGGUAAAUAAGUUGAUAUUUGGUUUUUGUCUCCAGUGUCUUUGUAGUAGUGUUUGCUAAAAUUACAUAAGGAUGUAUUUCAUAAUUCGUGGAACCAUUUCAUAGUUCAUUAAAAAAAAGCUUAAGAUCAGAAGCACUGUUUUUGACAUGUCUUGAGCUAAUGCUGACACAAGACAAUAGAAACAAAUCAAUUGAAGACCUUAUGACAACCCUUUAGCUGAGGAGACAGGUCAGGAAAUGUCAUUACUUUUUUCCUCUUAUUGGGAGUUCUGUUAUACCAUGACCAAUAAUGAUCACUAUGCCUUGCAUAGUUUAUUGUCAAGUGCCUGUAUUUCUUUCACCUUUUAAAGUAUUUGUGAUGCACAGCUGGAGAAAUAGCCCUAUUUAAUUAUAAAAUACUUCCCAUAAUCUGAGUUAUUCUGAAGUUAAAACUAUGUUUGGAUUAGAAUUUGUUGUAUAACUUAUCUGAAUUUUUCUUUCCUGCAGAUGAAACACAUUAAAGUGAAAUUAAUGCUUAAUUAAAAUUGUGUCUGAUUUUAAGGUAAAAUGAAUAUGUGAUUUUAAUAUAAUUAUUUAUUAUAUUUUGUAGCAUAAUUUCUUUUGAAGAAAUUUUCACUAAAGUGAGUUUUUCUUUUGUUCUUUUCAUAGGCAUUUCAUUAAAUCUCUUAACCAGAAAAUAUUGAGGCCUUAGUUUGGGUUUUAAAUGUUGAUAUAUCCUGAAUAUGAUCAGGAAUACUGGAUGCAUGCAACAGGGAUAGAAUUUAACUCCUUGAUGCUUUGUUUGAUUUUGAUGAGAAAUCAGUCAUACUUCAUAAAAGAUAGAUUUAAGGAUGAAUUUUGAGGUUAUACAAAAACAUUUUUACUUAAAUCUUUUCCCCCAUUGUCAGUUUGCAUGAUUAUUAGCUUUUACUUAAGUUGAUGUGUCAGAUGACUGUAAUAAGUCACAUAGUGACUUGACUUUUUUUAGCCUCGUUUUCAAAUGCAAAUAAUACUUGUAGAAUUUUCACAUAAAUAAAAAAAUAAUUUAAACUGG